CAGAGCGUAAGUGAUGCUACGAAGAUGCUAGGCCAAUAUCUGUCCGAUUGCAUCCUACUGGAGUCCAGUCGAUUCAAUACGAAGAUCUGUUUUGCCAACGUCGUCAUGAGCUUCCAGUCGUGUCUGGCUCGCCGCCUUCCUUUCCAGCUCUACGACACCCCAACGUCAGGUGGUGGGCUGAGACUGAUCUGAGGAGUUCCUCUAGAACUCAUCCAUUGCCUGCAUUGCUGUGACCAUGACGAAGGCUGGAUACUUCUUUGAUCCGUCGUGGUUUUCCCCUAUGCCCAGUGCAAUGUGUCUGCUUGUUCUGGAUGAUCUUCGGCUCAAAAUGCUUCCCGCUUCAUGCAUUCCUCGAUGGUAUCAUGUGCUUACUCUUACUGUGCAAAACUUCAACCAGAUCCAUCACUCUUACUAUUCCUUCUGUCCUGUCAUCAAUACUAACUCUUAACAUUGGUAAUCUGCAAGGUCAACAUGCCUAGAGGCAAACAAGAUUCUUCUGGAGAUGUACCAACAUUAAAAAGAACUGCACUUGCUAGCCAGAGCGCCGCAGACAGCCAACACUCGAGACCCAGGAAAAAGAGGAAUCGUUACACUCCCCACGCAUGCAAUCGCUGCAAGGCAGCCAAGGUCCGUUGCGACGGAAGACUUCCAUGCUCUUACUGCUCCACCCGCGAUGCUACAACAUGCCAUUACACUGCGCGGCCGUUGCCUACCUUCCAACUUGGUGACGGACCUACAGAGAAUGACGAAGGUCAAUUCGAGCAGAGGCUGUCAACCCUUCUUCGUCAGCAGAAUGAGAAGCUGGACCUCUUAAUCAAGCGGACCGAGAGACUCGACGCGACAAAUGCCUUCUCUAUCAGUGGACAAUUUGAAAGUGCCUCUUCUCCACCAAGGGUAAAGAAGCCAUUGCCAUUGUUUCAGAGCCCUACGAGCGCUUUCUGUUGUAUCAAUAUUAUCGGAGCUCAAAUCGAAGGGCAUGGUUCCGGCAAUUUCAGUAAUGCAGCACUCCUUACCGCAGUCCCGGUAUGCUCGAAAUCAUCCUUCUCCAUCAUACAAGGUCAAAUCCUAGAAGGAGAAACGAGCGACCUAGCCAGUAGGAAUUCCCCAGAUCCUCCUGGCAACCCGUCUCCAGGAAGCUGCACCUUAGUCGGAACGUCUUUUGCCCCACUUCAACCACUUGAUGAGAUGGAAGACCAUGAAAUACUGCAAAUGCUGAACGACUUUGAAUGUAUGGCUGGAAUCACUUAUCCCAUACUCGACAUGGUCGAACUCAGGCUGAAGACGCAGAACAGCUUGCAAGCUCGACAAACAUCUGGUUUCAAGUACUCAUCAGGCAAUCCUCCGGACACACUUGAGCAUUGUGAUGCUACCAUGCUCAAAUUGGUCGUCGCCAUCAGUCUGUUAGCGGAGGGCGAUGUGCACAAGGAUUUGGCAUCCAGACUAUUCCAAAGCACCCAGUCCGAUGUGCAAGCCAAGGUUUGGGACGCUGUGGUGGAUUUGAAAGACUUGGGCUUGCUGAUCCUCGUGGUCUUCUACCACUUGCAUCGUGGUACUUGGCGUGUCGGUUGGAGGUUCCUAGGCAAUAUCAGUCGUAUCAUCUUCGAGCUAGGUUUAACCAGGGAGAUUGUGCUUGCUCGAGUAUUUCCCGAUUCGAAAGACCGUGUGCGGGCUAUCAACACGAUCUGGACAGUAUUCAUCUUAGAGCAGCACCUGAGUUAUGCUCUCGGACUACCCAAUGCCAUGCAAGGCUUGCGCCUCGAUUCUACGUUCCCACCGCCGGUCAACGCCCCAUUUUUGAAAGCCAUGAUUGAGUAUGCACGUAUUGGCAGAGAAGCUUGCAGCGCGCUCCUAGGCGACAAUAUCAUGGCAAGGGAGAAUCACAAUGUCUGGCAAAACAGCUACACAUCUUUUCAAUGCCGGAUCGACCGCUGGGCCCUGGAUACCACCAUCGAUUUCCACUCUGCCCCCACGAACCAUGCGACCGAGUCUGCUCGCCAGUACCUGGAAACAUUGAUCAAUCUACGGGCGAAUCACAUGCGGACUCUUGUUGCUCGAGCGUUCCUUUGUACGGAGCUCCGUACGACAGCGCCGGUCGACAUAUGGUCGGCCUCUGUUGAUAAUGCCGCCGAUACCGUUCAUGUUUUGUCUCGGCUGGACACUUCGAGCAAGGAGUAUCGCUUUCACAGACCUCAACUCAACCACUUCUUAAUAUCAGCGCUAGAUCUGCUGCUUUUCGCAUGCACAUCGGAUCCGUCGCGCUCGGCACCGAAGAGCGCGAUAUCAUUAUCCGAUGCCACAUGUUUCAAGGCUCGCCAAAGCUCUAUGGUUGCUCUGAACCUCCUGCGUACCCUGGCCGAAGUUUCCGAUCAUUCGAAGAAUCUGUGGGAGAAAACGAGAGGUGUUGCUUCUCGCCUCAAUCUAACAGAUUACCUUGUUCCGGACCAAUCAGCGCCUGGACAGGCUUCCGCAUUUUCUCUUGUCCCUGAUCCCCCCGAAUUCGACGAUGCAAACCCUCAGAUCGAACAGAUGCCGGAGAUUUUACAUCAAUUCUAUGCCGACUAUUCUACCCUCAGCGGCUCUGGCAUACUUCCCGUCCCACUGCGAGAUAAUCUCCACAGUGCUCUGAACAACGCAGCCGAAUUUCCAGAGUCCGACUUCUUCCCGAGCUCCUUUUCAUCUCUAGAAUGAGACAUGGCAUAUAUAUCGCAACAACGACAAGAACGCAGAACACGGUCUAAAGGUCAACAUUAUCCGUAACAUCAACAACGAAUGAAUCGACAUGUGGUCAUCAUUCCACAAGUCACCCUACUUCGGCCGCCUGCUUUUGUCGUUCAUGAGUGGCUUCAGGGCUCCCUCCGGCAGUUCCUCCUACUUGGUCGCCGUCGAGCGGCGCAACUACCCCGUCAAGGCUGCCGCAACGAAUUAUCCAAGACUCUACGAUGCCAGGGACUGUUCUCUGGAAGUUGUAUUAUUUCCUGUUCCAGGUUUCUGUCCAAGCCUCAUACCAACAAUUUGGCUUCAGUGAGGCAUUCGGUUCACUUCCCAGUAUGAAGUCUAGAAAAGCAAGGGCGACCUUCUCACAUCGUCGCCAUAACGAAGUGACGACUCCCACGCUCUUCUUGGCUGGUUGUUUCCCUUACGACAAAGCUGACCGGCUUUGUGAUGCGAGAUCAUCAAACGUGCUCAGCCACAGCAGUUCCUUGUGGGGUCUUCUCUGCAGAUACCUGAAUCUGCUCUACUGUAAAUGUCUCAACCUUCCCAAAUUUUCGGAGGGAAACCCCUGAUGCGAAAAGCUGGUCGACCUCUUCGAGACUGCGCCCCUUCAGCUCUGGGACGAACAGAUAAGCCAAUACCACCAUCGCGCAGCAGAUGGAGCCGUAAAGGAAUCCCACUUUGGCACCCAGAGCGGCAUAAGGGGCCUUGAGCAGAUACGGCAGGGUAAACGAGGUCAAAAAGGUCGUGGAGAUGGAGAUGACGCAGGCAAUGAGAUUGGUCUUUUCCUUGACUCGAGAAGACGCUGCUUCACUGACAACAACGUAGGAGCUGCGCGUGGGAGAUAGGAUACGUUGUAGGCACAAGUAAACAGGAUGAAAGCGGCAACCUGUCAUGAGAUCGUCAGUACCACAGAUUUCCGUGCGAGGAAGGGAACGUGGGCGUACCAGGGUGUUCUUUUGACUGGCGGUAGGAUCAUUCACGACUCCGAUGCCUCCCACAAUGAACAAGAAGAUGGCCAUACCGAGUCCACCGACCAUUAGCAUGGGUCUUCGGCCUACCUGGUCGACAAUGAGCCAAGUGAUGAUCAAACAGACGAGUCCCGAGACAUUCGCCAGGAUGUUGAAGAGGAAAGCUUCACUCUUGAAACCCUGUGACUGAUAGAAGAUGACAGAAUACUGGCUGGAGAAUGCUUGACCUGUAAUCUGUUGUCCGAACAUGACGAGGAUGGCGACCCAUGUUCGCCUUCUGUUGUCUUUGUUGAAUACUUCCGACCAGUUUCCUUUAUCUUCCACAGACCGAGCAUGGCGAAGAGCCUCGAUUUCGAGAUCGACGUCGGCUCUAUCGGCGCCUUUUCGAAGUUUGAACAGUGACUUUUUGGCAUCCUCGACUCGGUCGCGGGAUAGAAGCCUGUUUUGAGGUAGUCCAGUUAGUUUCUCAAGCCAACAGGAUGUUUCGGAAGAGAGGGAACGCUAACCAUCUGGGUGACUCAGGGACAAGUGGUAGAAGUACAACAAUUAUUGACGGCGCAAUAAAUUGAAGGCCGACGGGGAUUUGCCAGGCUGCAUUUGACGAGAUGCCUUUUGUUCCAUAUGUGACCAGAGCAGCCACCAGUUGGCCAGCAGUGAUCAUCAGCUGGAGAGUCGAACCCAUCAUACCUCGCAAGGACCUGGGCGCAACCUCGCCUUGGUAGAUUGGGACCACGACGAUGGUCAUCCCAGUCAUGGCAAAACUGAUGAAUCGUCCAAUUGUGAACUGAGCCGCCGUUGUCGCUGUGGUCUGGAGCAGGACACCACUUGAAAGCACAGUGUCAGCAAUCUGAGGUGUACAGUCAGGGGGAUGGUGCGAUAGUACUGACAUGAAUGACAGUAUAGCAAGCACGAGGACGGCUGUCUUGCGACCAAAUCUUUCAGCAAUGGGACCGCAGGCUAUGGCUCCCAUGGCCUUUCCCAAGAAUGGGAGCGAUGUCAUGAGUGACGAUAACCAGGCUGGCAGAGCGCAAGUCCCCGUGGUGUCAUUGCAUUCACCAAAUCUUUUCCCAAAGCUCUGCAUGCCCUGAACGGCUCCAAAAUUACCGACGUCGUAUCCGAAGUUGAAGGCGCAACUUCCCAUGUACCUAGACGGAGCGUCUGUUAGCAGAUACGUCUCCGGCCUGGCCUUCCUUGCUGGUAUGAGCAGCACUUACAGCAUGACAAACACCAGCGUGAGAUUGAAUUCACGCAUACGGUGGACAAGCGACAGCUGGGGGCCGUCAAGGCCGGUUUCGCCGU